AAGGUGGUUCCAUGGUUGAUAUCCCAAUACAAUAACCCACAAUCUGUCCACAGCCAACCUUUCCAUAUCCAUCGGCAAGGCAAAGGACACUAUAUAACCUGGACUUCCACCUAAUCGUCGCUCGUGUAGCGUCCAUCUCUACAAACCUUCCACCACGCUUCAAAUCCUACCCACAACGCAAAAAUCUACGAUAUCAGCCUCCAGGUCUCAAACUAUCAAAAAUCAAUACCAACACUGUCAAUCGAGCAGAAUCUACCAGCUCCCAACACCUGUCGACUUCAGACACCCAACAACCCCAAUCCACCACAUCAACUCAAAACCAUCACCACAACAUCAUCAUCCACCAUGCCCAUCAUCCAGAACCCCUAUGUCGUCCCUCGCGUCCUCUCCGAAGACAUGAUCCCCAAAGCAUGGGAGCCCGCUACUCUCGAAUACGACACCCUUCCCUGGUGGGCCAUCAUGAUCGCCUUUUGCGCCGUACUCUUCCUCGGUGUCUUCAUGGUGUGGGCAUUUGGCUGGUUCACGUCAUGCUAUCGCAGGUGCGGAUGCUGCGCAGGAUGCUUUGAUGGCUUGUUUAAGUGUCGGUGCAGUAGGGCACGGAGGGCGAGGCGGAGGAGGGCAGGGGAUGUUGAGGCUCAGGGGUUUCGGGGUCAAAGAACUUAG